GGCAACUCGGUGGGACCAGAACUAGCGCGGAGAAUCUGAGGCCCCAGGCUUACCGAGACAGGUUGGACUCCUAGCGCCCCCGAGACCUCUGCAGAUUAUCUUCCUAAUAAUUGGGAGACGACCCACUGACUGAAUGGCAACGGUAGAUGACUUGCAGUUUGAAGAAUUUGGUGAUACAACCACUUCCCUAGCAGCAAACCCAGAUGCCACCACAAUCAGCAUUGAGGAUCCUGGUGAAACCCCAAAGCAUAAGCCAGGACCCCCAAGAGGCUUGGGGAGAGAAGAAGAUGAUGAGUUACUAGGAAACGAUGACUCUGACAAAACUGAGUUACUUGCUGGACAGAAGAAAAGCUCCCCCUUCUGGACAUUUGAAUACUAUCAGACGUUCUUUGAUGUAGACACUCACCAGGUCUUUGACAGAAUAAAGGGGUCUCUUUUGCCAAUACCAGGAAAAAACUUUGUAAGGUUGUAUAUCCGCAGCAAUCCAGAUCUCUACGGCCCCUUUUGGAUAUGCGCCACAUUGGUCUUUGCCAUAGCAAUCAGUGGGAAUCUUUCCAACUUCUUAAUCCAUCUGGGAGAGAAGACAUACCACUAUGUGCCCGAAUUCCGAAAAGUGUCCAUCGCAGCCACAAUCAUCUAUGCCUACGCCUGGCUGGUUCCUCUCGCACUCUGGGGUUUCCUUGUAUGGAGAAACAGUAAAGUUAUGAACAUCGUUUCCUAUUCGUUUUUGGAGAUUGUAUGCGUCUAUGGAUAUUCACUCUUCAUUUAUAUCCCCACAGCAAUACUGUGGAUCAUCCCCCAGAAAGUGGUCCGCUGGGUUCUAGUUAUGAUUGCCCUGGGCAUCUCGGGCUCUGUCUUGGCAAUGACCUUUUGGCCAGCUGUUCGUGAGGACAACCGACGCAUCGCAUUGGCCACAAUUGUGACGAUUGUCUUGCUUCACAUGCUGCUUUCUGUGGGCUGCUUGGCCUACUUUUUUGAUGCACCAGAGAUGGACCAUCUCCUAACAAGCACUGCUGCCCCAAACCAAACAGUUGUAGCAGCCAAGUCCAGCUAAAGAGGAGAGCCGGAAAGUAUCUUUCAUCUUCUCGCUGUGAGCACCAAACAGAGAAAUCACAAAGAAGAGUUUGAGGAGACUGGGUGAAGGUAGCUUUGGGAUCUGUGUCCAAGGAAGUCACUGGGUUUCCAAAGAAAUGGAGAAAAACUUUAAAAUGUCAUCUCCGAGCUAGCAGUAAGUCUUCCCUGUAACCUGUAAAUCAGGACUCAAGGCUCUAGGUUUGGCGAGCUGGUGGCUGCAGACUGCUCUGGUGUCGAAGUUAUCUCUCUGAAUCCUUCCUGUACGGGGGAAUCUUUGUCUUGAGAGUGACUGUUUUCACUCUUCAGUUCUCUUCGAUGGGUUUUGGAGUGUGGCUCUUUUGGACAUGGCAUCCACUGCAGAAAGGCAGAACAACCAAAGGCAUCAGGAAGAUGGAUGGAAUGGACCCAACACCCCACAUCUGGGUGGUGCCACAGUGAAGUCUAAUCUCCUAUUUAACAAACAAGAGUUAAAUGUGGUUGAGUUGAGACCCAUGUCAUUCAGCUCUUCGUUAUGCUGUUGAUUGUCAUUGUGACUGUGCGCUGAUUUGGGGAGAAAUACAAGGGGGUGGGAGGCUACUUUGGUGCCUGGCAUUUGUCUCUCACAGUCACCUGGUGUGCUUCACAUUAGGCACGCCCUUAAUCCCUGAGAUGGUUCCAUCCUAACCGGGGUACUUUUCUUUGGAUUGUGUACAGAUUACCCAGGUGAGCCUCUGCUCCCCUUGCCAUCCUCAAGUGGCCAAACUGUGAACUUUGGUUUGGAUUCAUAGUGAGUCUGAAAAUUUGUCUUUGGUGACCUGACUGUGGGCAGCUGAAUCUAAUGGUUGCAAAAUAAAUACA